UAGAGUAGGUCGCAUUUGGUGAAGAGCAAAGAGAAGUUGGCGUAAAGAGUUUUGCAUUCUUUGAUAAAGAGAAUACAAAGGAAUAGGAAUAUACUCAGGAAAAAGAAGAAAAGGAAUAGGAAUAUAAUAUAUGGUUCAAUUUUUCAAAGCCCUUUGGGAUCAACUGGGGAUGGUUCUUUCUGGGUCCUAAAUCUUAAAGUCACUUUGUCGGGCGUGGUCAGUGCUGACAACGUUUACCCACUGAAAUUUGUACGGCUUCCCCUGGUUAGAUUAUAUAGCUGAGUGAGUGGGAAGUGAAUUAUCAGAGUGGCAUUGUGUAUGCUUGGGAACUGAAACCACUGCUUAUCACUGAAACAACAACUUGGAGUUAUUAUACAUUGUUUGGCAUUCGAGAUCAUGGCUGAGAGUGAAAAUUCAUGUGCAGUACCGGCAGAGAAAAAUUGGAAGAAGUUGCCUGUCUUUGUUUUCUUUAAAGAUGCAAGAAGCAUUUUUAAGUUGGAUAUACUUGGCUGGGAGAUUCUAGGCAUUGCAUUCCCUGCUGCCCUUGCUGUAGCUGCUGAUCCCAUUGCUUCUCUGAUUGAUACAGCAUUCAUUGGUCAUAUUGGACCUGUGGAACUGGCUGCUGCAGGAGUUUCUAUUGCUUUGUUCAAUCAAGCUUCAAGGAUUACCAUAUUCCCACUGGUUAGUAUCACAACUUCUUUUGUAGCUGAGGAAGAUACCGUUGCUGGAAGAGCCAGCAUCAAAGCAGCAGAAAAGGGCUCUAAUGAUGAUGAUGAUGAUGAUGACAUGCUUGAGGACAUGGAGAAAGGUGAAGCUGGAAAAAAGGCUAAGAACUUGGAAAAGAGUUCAUCGAAAAACAGUGAAAAUGAAGUUGCAGAGACAAAUAAGAACAUGGAAAAGGUUGAGGGUAUGGAAGAUGGUGGGGAAACUGAACAUGCCUCAGCUGAAACCAGUGCAGGGAAAGAGUGUAUACAGGAAAACACACUUGAGGAUAUGGAAAAUGAUGCAGACGCAAAGACUAAUGCAAAAGACUCAAAGCUAGAAACUGAUUUCAAUAAAACUAUUGGUGGCAAAAAAAAUAAGACCAAAAUCAAAAGGGAGAAGAAGCAUAUUGCUUCAGCAUCAACAGCUCUACUUUUUGGCGUAAUUCUUGGCCUCAUUCAAGCUGUAGUCCUUGUAUUUGCAGCCAAACCACUCUUGAAUGUGAUGGGUGUAAAACAUAGUUCCCCCAUGCUAAUCCCAGCACUUAAGUACUUGAAGUUACGAUCGCUCGGUGCUCCUGCAGUUCUUCUAUCCUUGGCCAUGCAAGGGAUCUUUCGAGGGUUUAAGGAUACAAAAACUCCUCUGUAUGUCAUUGUUUUGGGAUAUACAACAAACAUCAUUAUGGACCCGAUAUUCAUCUUUGUCAUGAAAUUAGGCAUCAGAGGUGCAGCAAUUGCACAUGUUCUUUCUCAGUACUUGAUUUGUGUAAUCCUCUUGUCGAUAUUAAUGAGAAAAGUCUAUCUCCUACCUCCAAGUCUUAAGACUUUGCAGUUUAGUCGGUUCCUUAAAAAUGGUGGUCUACUAUUAUUAAGAGUUGUAGCUGUCACAUUCUGUGUAACCUUGGCAGCUUCACUGGCUGCACGGCUAGGUGCAACACCCAUGGCUGCAUUCCAGACUUGUUUACAGGUCUGGUUGACAUCAUCACUUCUCUCAGAUGGCUUGGCUGUUGCCGGACAGGCAAUUCUAGCUUGUGCUUUUGCUGAGAAAGACCUUAAGAAGGCAACAGCUAUCGCAACCCGGGUAUUACAGAUGAGUUUUGUUCUUGGGGUGGGGCUUGCUCUUGUUGUUGGAAUUGGUCUGUACUUUGGAGCUGGGAUCUUUUCAAGAGAUGUCAAUGUUCUGCACCUUAUAAAAAUAGGACUCCCGUUUGUCGCUGCUACACAACCGAUAAAUUCAUUAGCUUUUGUCUUUGAUGGAGUGAACUUUGGAGCAUCUGAUUUUGCAUAUUCAGCAUACUCAUUGCUUCUUGUGGCUGUAGCAAGCAUUGCAUCCUUAUUUGUUCUAUACAGAAGCAACGGAUUUGUAGGAAUCUGGAUUGCUCUAACCAUUUAUAUGUUUUUGCGUGCAUUUGUUGGUAUUUGGAGGAUGGGCACUGGGACAGGACCUUGGCGCUUUCUCAGGAACCCAUCAUGGAAGUAGGCGAUUGCAAGCUCCACGAAUUUUUAUAGUCGAGCUACAUAUAUAUUUAUGUCAAUGUUUUUCUAUUUUUCUUUUAUUCUACUCAUGUUAUGUAAUUUAUUCCCAGACAGAAUUAUUUCUUGCUUUUUUUUCUCUUCUUCUUUGUAUCAGCCUUGGACCUACUUGUAAUGUUAUUAGAAUCUUAUAAUAUUGGUACAAUAUUUUUCGGCUU